AAGGGGGAUGAUGAGGGUUAAAGAAAAAAGACAACAGAGACUUGUGUAAUUUCACAGUAUGGGGGUUCACUGCCUCAGAGCGGGCAAAGACAAAGUCCGAGCUUUACUGUGUCCACAGGGAGCAUCCGAGGGCUCACUGGGUGGCCAUAAUCUCAAUGAUGAGGAUCUUAGAAUCGGAGGGAGUACGGGAUGACUCAGAGGAUGGUGGUAACCGUAUGACGAUGAGGGUCUUAUGCUGAGGAGGAUCUUAGGUCAGUGAGGAGCUGACGUGCGUUAGCACAGUGAGGAGCACAGUGUUCUCACAGCAGUGGGUGGGACGAGUUAAGCUGAUGAGGAAUUGGUCCCUCCCCAGGUGAAACCUUCCUCUUUGUAUUACUUUUCUCCCAGAGAAGCAGGAUGACUUCACUUGAUGCAGUCCUGCCCCUGAGUGUCCCAGCAACACAGGACCAUUGAGGCUUCAGCUGUGACCAGAGGCGAAACAACAAAUGGCUCCGACACUCCCCUCCUCCAGCAGCUGAUGCCAGCGUUCUUCCACCUCUGCCCUGCUCCCUGCAACCACAGACCAAACUUCUGCUCAUACGGACUUGUCCUUUCUGGAAUGUCAAGUAAAUGGAAUCACAGAACAGGUAGCCUUUUGCACCUUGCUACUUCCAGCUUGCCCGAGAUGUUUGAGAUUCAGUCAGUCCCGUUACUGUGAACACUGCCUGCUGAACAGCAUUCCAUAGUAGGGUGGACCAUUCUGACGCCAUCUUGGGAGCAAAGAAAGAAAAAACUGACUUUGACCAAACUGACCCUGAGCUGCUUGAGUUUACUAGAACGAACUUCAUUGCAUUUUCUCCCGCUGGGCCAAGUUAGGUCCCGAAUGACAGACAGAGUUUGUUGUUACAGAGGGACAGACAGAUACAGAUAUGGUGUCACUUCCUGCAUCCCCAGAUCUGCAGAUUGUGAUGCUCAAAUUCCCGUUUUUGUCUUGUUUCAGUUUGGACAGUAUGACCCCCAGCUGGCCCGAGUGAGUGAGGGCCUGGCUCAGAGUUCUUCUCCCGGGCCUUUGUGACACCGUGCUGAGUCACAGAGGUUCUGCGUGUCCCCAGGAGGAGCCCUGGCCCCUUUCCUGGUGAUUCCCUUGCCCCCUGGGCAGAGUUUUGCUCCAGUUGGGUUGAUGGGGAAGGAUGGAGUUUCUUGGAACCACUCAGACUGCCAGUUACUGCGGCCCCAAGAAAGGCCGUGACUCAACCCAGAGGCCCCCUACUGUGCAGGCCCCCGUGAUCCAGGAGUGCUACCAGCCUUAUCAUCUGCCCGGGUACCGCUACCUCAACUCAUGGAGACCUAGCCUGUUCUACAAGAUUUCCACGGCCCAGACCUGUCCCACUGAGUGUCGCAGCAGCGCCCAGCGUCCACCCACUGUCCUGCCUGCGCUCCGCUCUGCACUAUUCUGUCGCUACAGUCCCCAUGACUGGGACCAGUCCAACCAGCUGCAGAUCCGCGGGGCGGAGGCCUCACGGCUGUGGGCCAGCCGCCUGACAGGUGAUUCCAUGCAGCUAAUGCAGGACAAGGAGCAGCUGACAUGCCAGAUGCAGAAGAGAACCUCCUGGAACCUGGGCCAGAGGUUGUCGGACAUUGGCUUCUGGAAGUCCGAGUUAUGCUACGAGCUGGAUCGGCUGCUGGCCGAGUACCGCAACCUGGAGACCGUCAAGAGGCGGCUGGAGUGUGCGGCUGAGGAGGUGAAUUGUCCCCUGCAGGUGGCCCUGGAGUGUCUAUACCUUCGUGAGAAAAGGAUCGGGAUAGACCUGGUCCAUGACAGUGUGGAGAAGAACCUCAUCCGGGAGGUAGAUUUGCUAAAAUGUUGCCAAGAACGGAUGAGACAGUUCGCUCAAAGAGUUGAUAUCCAGAUGCGGGAUAACCGAGAUGCUCAGCACGCUCUGGAGAGGGACCUUGAGGACAAAAACUCAGCCCAGUUCAUCGAUGAGAAGUGCUUCAACCUGAGAAACACGUCAGACUGCAUCAGCUACUUCCAUGGCAUGGAGAAAGUUGAUGGCACGGUCUCUGUGCCUGAGACCUGGGCCAAGUUCAGCAACGACAACAUCAAGCACUCUCAGAACAUGCGGGCCAACUCCAUCCGCCUGUGGGAGGAGGCCGAGCACCUCUUUGAGAGUCUGUCGGAUCAGAUGUGGAAGCAGUUCACGGACACCAAUCUGGCCUUCAACACCCGCAUCUCCGAGGAGACCGACGUGAAGAAUAAACUGCAGACGCAGCUGGCGAAGAUGCUGCAGGAGAUCUUCCAGAUGGAAAACACCAUCAUGCUGCUGGAGAGGUCCAUCAUGGCCAAGGAGUGCCCACUGAAGGUGGCCCAGACGAGGCUUGAGUGCCGGAGCUGGCGCCCCAAUGUGGAACUGUGCAGGGACAUCCCGCAGUUCAAACUCGUGAAUGAGGUGUUCGCCAUCGACGACACUCUGCAGACCCUGAAGCUGAAGCUGCGUGAGGCACAGGACACACUGCAGCUGCUGGUGAUGACCAAGUCACGGCUGGAGCAUGAGCUGGCCAUCAAGGCCAACACCCUGUACAUCGACAAGGAGAAGUGCAUGGCCAUGCGCAAGACCUUCCCCAGCACCCCUCGCCUGGUUGGCUAUACCUGUGCUGUCCCCUGCGUGGGGCCUUGCACCCCCUGCUCUGCCCCAGUUCGCUAAACUGCGUGAAGUUUGAAAAGGCUGGAAACAAAAUAAAAGAGUCAUUUUCUCCUUUUCUUCCUUUCAUGAAAAUACAGAUAAAGAGGCAAAAUAAAUGUGUCCAAGUCAAAGCUCCUGGAGCUCCUCUUUGCUGCAGACAGCUCUGUGGAAGGCCUUGGGGGAGGCAGACUUUGAUCCCUGGAGCCUUGUGAGACUUGGAGCUUUUCCAGGAAUAAAAGAGACAGCCUUCUUUCUCUCCCUCCCUCCCUUCCUCUCUUCCUUCCUCCUU